GAGCCGGCGCACUCGACGCGGCCUGCCCGCUGCGGCUGCAGCCGCCCGUGCCGGGAGCCCGCGCGUCGCGAGGCUGCGGCCCGUCUGCGGGCGGCGCCUGUGGCCCCCUCAGCGGCAGCAGGAACCUCCUGUGCGCCACCGCGCGCUGGCCGCUCGCGCCCAGCUGCGCCACGGCGGCGACCUCUGCCGUGCAGUCCGCUGCCGGGCUCGCUGGGCCACCCGCGUGGUGGGGCCCGCAGGAG